AGAUUUACCGGUACCUUGUUGUUAUACAUCUUUUGUUACCAUUACAGAAACCUAGCAACCUUUUGUAUACAAUUCUCUCUGAAUCGGCUGGGCAAGGUUUGUGGGCAGGAUCUUAAAGUGUCUUCCUGCUGGGUAAGCAUUUCUCAGUGAAUAUCACUUUGUUGUUCUGCUGAACAGGAUUCAUUGCAGAUAUGCCACCAAAGCAGAAGGGAAAAUCUCAAAAGAAAAAGGGGAAGAAAACAAAGAAUGGAACAAGCUCAGUAGACGACCAGUACCGCAAGGCAACGUUGGAAGUUGAAGUUUUACAGAAUCACUUGGCGCUGCGCAGGCAAGUAACACGGCGAACUCAGGAACACAAAGAGGAGCUGCAUGCAAAACUGCAAGAGCUGCAGGGAGACCUGGAAGAGGAGAAAAGUGAAAAACAAGCUAUAUACAGUGAAAUGACACGUCAGCAGCAGGCUUUGGAACAGCAGAGCUCAGCAUCUAUCCAGGCCCUGAAACAGGAGGUUGCGGAACUGAGGUUACAACUUGGUGAGUCUCAGCAAGAGCUAAAGGAAGUCCGUGAAGAAUUGGAGCACACAAAAUCCGAGAAAGAGGAUCAAAUUAUACACCUGCGUAGAGAGGUGGAAAACAUGGAGUCAGAAUAUGAGAAUUUGUUGCAUUCCUGCCUGGAUCAUCUUCUAUCAAAGCUCAAUGUGGCAGAACUCCAGUGGAAAGAUCAGGCCUUGUCUAUCCAUCAACAACACAAACAGAUGUUACAGGACUAUGGAUUGAACCCUCUGGACUUCUGACUAGUGAUCUAUAACACAAUAGAUAUUGUGCAGUCGCGCAUAUGUAGAUGUGCAGUUUACAGAAUGGUGCAAUUGGUUCAGAAUACACUAUAGUUAGGGGUAGUUACCCAUGGAGCAAUGAGGUUGGCCAAAGUAGUCUUUGUCUUUGGUAGUGGUUUGUUCUUACCUGCAAAUGUCCAUAAAAUGGAGUCUACUUUGUGAGAGCAUGGGUGGGUCCCCCAUAGCUGAACUACAAGUGAAGAGAUCCUUCAACUACAACAAAUCUACCAGUAUGACUGUAAGAAACAUCAGCAUAAUGGCCUGAUCAAAUUGCUUCUGUUGUAGAAACAAAUUAGGUCAUUCUAAAGCUAAUGAUUUAUUAAAUGCUGUAUUUUGUAGUGUACCUUUCAAGUGACCGCUUGUACCAAAAAAGCCUAAAAAAAAAUCUUUAAAAAGACAGAAACUUUAUCUAUUUGUAAUAUUAGUUUGUGCUGAAAUGUCAUCUUUUAUAGGUUCCAUAUUUGGUGAAUAUAGAUCUGAAGUUCUUAUGGCUUUGGACUGGGUGCCUUAACUUCUAUAGAAAUAUUGUGUUAUUCCAAGGUCAGGUUAUGUUUAGUGAUCAGUGAAAUUUUUCCGCAUUUCAGCACCGGCAAAUUUUUCCACAAAGCGGCCAUAAAAAUUCGCUUCGGCGAAAGUCCUCCAAGUGAGGAAAAAGUUGCGCUAAAAAAAAAGCAUGUUUUAAAAAGUUUUGGUUGCAUCAAGAAAAAUUUGCAUGCAUCAAGUUGUGCGGUAGCCAUAUAUUGCAAAUUUUUUCAGCAGUUUCACAAAUUUUUCAGCUAAGUCAAACAGGACAGAUGUUUACGAUUUUCUUUUUACCAGUGAUAUUUAAAGUAAAGGGUUUGGAAUCCACUUGAAUAUCUAAUUGUGGCAGAUCUCCUUUAGAAAUGCAAUGGUUCCAUAUUUUUGGAUUUCCAAUUACUGUAUAUCACCAAAUACACUCACUAAAA